AUGUUUGCGUCCCUGGCACCACCGCGCGGACAAGCGCCACCCCAGCAGCGAUUACCCGCGCAAGCAGCAGCAGCAGGAGCCCAGCAGCAAGCAGGAGGGAUGGACUACAUCUCGACACCGACUGUGAGAUAG